AUGGAAAAUUUCAUAGCCACUCAAACUCAGACUAAUAAGGAUUUCCUAAACCAAAACGUACACACUAAUGAGCAAAUCAAACAGUUAGCGACUAAAGUAGGCGCGUUGGCCACUCACAAUAAGAUGCUUGAAACACAAAUCUCUCAAGUGGCACAACAACAAGCACCUACUGCCGCACCUGCUGGGACAUUUCCUGGACAACCACAACCAAAUCCGAAAGGACAUGCUCAUGCUAUUAUUCUGCGAAGUGGUAGAGAGAUGGACGAAUCGACUGACCCCGGGCUUAAAAACUCUGCUAUGCUCCAAAGCCCUGGUAAAACAACUGAGGAGGAAAAAGAAGGCGAGACGGAGGAAAAAGAAGCGCCAUACGUACCUCCACCACCUUAUAAACCACCUAUCCUGUACCCUCAAAGAUUCAAAAAAUCCAAAAGCAUAGGGCAGUUUAAAAAAUUUGUAGAACUUCUUAAACAAUUGAAUAUUACAAUUCCUUUUACAGAAGCUAUUACACAAAUGCCCUCAUAUGCUAAGUUCCUAAAAGAAAUCCUAUCGAAUAAGAAGAAAAUAGAAGACAAUUAG